GAGCAGCAACGCUUUCCGAACACAAUACUUAACCCUGUGGUCCUCUCCUGCCGUGCACAGACAAGGGCAGAGUGCCCACCUGCAAGCGACAACAAUCACCUGCCGCUAGGAAGACAUCUAGACUCUCCACAGACUACCAUGACUGAUCGCCGCCAUUCGUCGUCCGAGAAGGGCUCGGGCGCGGGCUCCCUCCCCGGCACCGCGCCGCUCGAGCAGCAUGGCACGAACCAGACCGCCACCGUCGAGGACCUCCAGCUCAACGAGCUCGGCUACGUGCCGUCCUUUGCGCGCAACCGCUCCAUGUUCACCAUCCUCUUCAUGUCGCUGUCCAUUGCGGCCGUGCCAUACGGGAUCGGCGGGCCUCUGCUGUCGGGCAUCAUCGGCGGCGGGCCGCUGUCGCUGUGGCUGGGCCUCGUCGUCGUCAUGAUCCUCGACGGCUGCGUCGCAGUCUCCCUCGGCGAGCUGGCCUCGCGCUGGCCCACAUCGGCCGGCACCUACUACUGGACGUACCAGCUCGCGUCCCUGCGGAGCGGCAGCAACGCGCAGCUCCUCUCGUACAUCUGUGGCUGGACGUGGUGGGUGGGCAACGUCACCAUCACGCUGUCGGUCAACUUUGGCUUCGCGUCGCUCAUCGCGGCCACCGUCGCCAUCUACAACCCAGACUGGACCGCCUCCGCCUGGCAGCUCCUCCUCAUCUUCUACGCCAUCUGCGUCGUCACCUUCUUCAUCUGCUGGGCCGCCGACAGCUUCCUGCCGCUCAUCGACACGGCCGCCGCCACCGCGACCCUCGUGACCGUCGUCGCCGUCGCCAUCGCCCUGUCGGUAACCGCCAUGGCCGGCCGCCACGACGGCGCGUACGCGUUCGCGCACUACGACGCCUCCCAGAGCGGCUGGGGCGACGGCUUCACCUUCUUCCUCGGCCUGCUCCCCCCCGCGUACACCUUCUCGGCCAUUGGCAUGAUCUCGUCCAUGGCCGAGGAGGUCCACCACCCGGAGGUCCAGCUCCCCAGGGCGCUCGUGUCGUGCGUCCCCGUCGGCGGCAUCGCCGCGCUCAUCUUCAUCCUCCCCAUCUGCUUCACUCUCCCGGACCUCGGCGACAUCAUCGCGUACUCGGCCUACGGCCAGGCCCUGCCGUACAUUGUCUACACCGUCAUGGGCACGCAGGCCGGCGCCGUCGUCAUCAUGACCCUCGUCCUGCUCGUCACCUUCUUCUGCUCUAUUAGUAUCACGACCACGGCCUCGCGCUGCACCUUCGCCUUUGCCCGCGACCGCACCGUGCCCAUGUGGCGCCUCUGGUCGUCCGUGCCCUACGGCCGCCCCCUGCCGGCGCUCGCCCUCGUCACGCUGAUCCAGAUGCUGCUCGGGCUCAUCAACCUCGGCAGCUCGAGCGCGUUCACCGCGUUUGUCUCGGUCGGGGUCAUCGCGCUGGCCCUGGGAUACCUGAUCCCCAUAUCGAUCAGCCUCGUCUCCGGCCGCAAGGAGGUGUCCAAGGCGCCGUGGAACGUGGGCGGGGUGAUGGGCACGCUGGCCAACGUGGUCGCCAUCGCGUGGAUCCUCUUUGAGCUCGUCCUGUUCUCCAUGCCCACCGUGCUGCCGGUCACUGCGAUCUCGAUGAACUACGCGUCGGUGGUGCUGGUGGGGUUUGCGGCCAUCGGUGUCGGGCUGUACUACGGCUACGGCCGGAAGAACUUUCACGGACCCGGCAUGUCGAUUAACUAGGGCGGCGCGGCGUGACGGAGGUGGGAGGCUAGAGCGGGUGUUUAUGGAACUAGCAGACUAGAGUUGCGCGCUAGCUGAGUAGACACUACUUUGUUGUCAAGGCCGGCAUCUAUGGAAGGCUGUCUUGAUGGAGGUCCAAGCACAGCAUCGAGUCACCAAACAUAUUGGCCAGCCGACCUGAAUCUUCCCAUGUGAUCCAGUGUGUCAGUCUAGAAAUGCACGUCCCAGUCUGUAGCGACAGUUUUAUUAAAAUGAGUGGG